CUGCCGCCUGCCUCAGCCGUCUCUCGCACCCUUCUGACGGCCGAGGGAAACCACAGCCUGCCAAGAUGUGCAAAGGAUUAGCGGCGCUGCCCCACACGUGCCUGGAGAGGGCCAAGGAGAUCAAGACCAAACUGGGCACACUGCUCCAGAAGCCUGACUCCAGCAUUGACUUCAUCAUCCCCUACCCAGAGAAGCCAGAGAAGCCACCCAAGGCCCAGAAGCCGUCACCGGAGGAGGCUCUGCAGUGGCGAGACUCCCUGGAGAAGCUCCUGCAAAACCCCUAUGGGCUUGCCAGCUUCCACAGCUUCCUGCGCUCCGAGUUCAGCGAGGAGAACGUCGAGUUCUGGGCGGCCUGCGAGGACUACAAGAAGACUAAGUCACCCUUGAAGAUGGCAGAGAAGGCCAAGAAGAUCUAUGAGGAGUUCAUCCAGACGGAGGCACCCAAAGAGGUGAAUAUCGACCACUUCACCAAAGGUGUGACCAUGAAGAACCUGGUGGAGCCAUCACCCAGCAGCUUUGACAUGGCCCAGAAGAGGAUCUUUGCCCUGAUGGAGAAAGACUCCCUGCCCAGAUUCGUGCGGUCAGAGCUCUACCAGGAGCUGGUCAAGUAGCAGUGCGGCAGGGCUGUGCCAGGCGCUCCCCGCGGGCCCUCCCCACUGCUUCUGCCUCCACACCUGCCCCUGCUCCUGCAGCUGCUUUGCUUCCCCCCUACCACCCCAGAGAGAAAAACCACCCGGGGGCUUUGCUAAACACCUCCCCCUGUGCUUUGGACUGUCAGGUGUCCUGAUGUUUCCUCUCCCAGGGUCUCUUUCCUCUCCCACAAAGAACAAACAGCAGGGAGCCCUGGUGACCCUGGGUUUGGGACCCAGAAGGGUGGUGGAGUAGCCCCAGCCCUGCGGUGACCAGGAGCCACUUGGGCAGCCAGCAUUGUGGGGCUUGGCUUUAGCUGGAGGCUCUGAGUCACAGCUUUGCCUUCUCUGGACCUCUCAGGACACAGAAUCAUAGAAUUGUCAGGGUUGGGAGGGACCUCAAGGCUCAGCCAGUCCCAACCCCCCUGC